GAGGGGCUUAAGAAGGCGGCUAUAGGCCAACAUGCGAGCCGGGUCGGACCUCAGCUAGGCCGUUGCGGUGUCCAGCCUGUGCGAGCCGUCCCUUGUCGCCCUCGGAGCACCGCCGUUGGGCACCGCAGGGCCAGGCCUGAGAAGGGGAGAACACCAACGGCAGCCAAGCCGGCGCUAGCGCCCAGCAGGCCCGCCUCCUGUUCAAGGAGUACCUGAAACGCCUGGAUCGUGCUGGCCACUCGAGGCAGCAGUUUGCGCCACGGCAGUGCCCCCACCCGAUGGCACACUGGCCCACGGAGCCCACACUGCUUCCGGCGCGCGCGGUGAUUGAAUGGUUCAACAGGCUGUCAGACGGCGAGAAGCACAUGGCCCUGUACUCAGUGGAAACAAACGCACAGACAGCAGCCCAGGCGGGAUUGGCGUCCCUCAUCCACGACUAUGGCCAAGUCAUGCAACAGCCUGUGGAAGUACGACGAGGCCACACCACCACCCACCCCGCUUGAAAGCGCGGACAUGGAGGCCUUCUGCUUCCCAGACGGCCACCCUCCGCCGCCGUCGGCGGCGAGCUCCCCCCACCGGCAGUUGACGCUGCCAGCAGGCACGGGUGCGGCCUUUGGGCCGCCGCACCCGCUACGCAUAGCUACAUUUAGCUACCCACAACAUGCAGAGCCUGCGUUUGCCAGGCGCGGCUCGGCGGGUAGCAGCAGCGGCACGGAUUUGGGCGGAGCUACGCUUGGAUAACAUCUGCCUCCAGGAAACACACUGGACGUGCAGGGCAGACCAGGCGGCGUUUGAGCAGACCCUACAACUAAUUGCAUACGAACUACACCUCAGUGGGUGGAAGGUGACCGGCGCACAGUGGUCCACACCACGGGCGCCAGCAGGAGUGGCGUUCCUUGUGCGGCAGCAACUGUUGGAGAGCAGCGCCAUCACGGCCCCUGCCCUCAGCCCAGUGUCCACAGCCAUGCUUGCAGGCCGCCUCGCAGUCCUGAAGCUCAGGUGGGACGGCCGCUCUAUCACCAUUGCCAACGCCUACUUCCCAGCAGCAUCAACGCAGGCAGCAGAGCAGGCAAAGCGGGAGCUUAUCAGCCAGCUCCGCACGCAAGCUGCGCUCAGUGCGGCUGCCACAGGGGGGAAGGUGGUGAUCUGGGCAGGUGACUUCAACUUUGUGGAGAACCCGGCGCUAGAAAGCUCUGCAGCCCCAGGGGGCCGGCCGGGCGAUGCACCCCUAGCAGCGCUACUGCGGGUGGCUGACUAACCACAGAUGGUGGACAUGUAUCGGCACCGCCAUCCUACAGCCCGGCGCUACUCGCACUUAUACCGUGCACCAGUAAAGGGUGGGUCCCGGCUAGACCAGAUCUACGUGUCGGCAGCAGCAGCAGCAGCAGCAGCCGUAUGCAGGCAUAGCCCUGGUGUCCAGCUCCGACCACCAGUCAGCCUUUAUCGACCUGCUCCCGGCAUACAGCCCCGGCCCCGGGAAGGGCCGGGCCCGGCGCCGCAUGUGGCUUUUCUUCCACCAGCACCCUGACCUUCGGCAACAGCUUGAGGGCUGGCUGGACGCGGAAGCCGGGACCGCACCAACUGAGGACGACCAGCGGCAAGCCCUACUCGCGUGGUGGCCGCUGUUCAAAAUGCGGCUGUCGGUGAAAGUUGCACAGCUGAACCGAGUAGCCCAGAUGCGGCGGCUUGAACAUGGGCAGCGGACAUGGACAGCGCAGGCCAGGGGACAGCGCACCCCUGGCGCAGGCCGCUCAAGCAGUGGCAGAGGCCGCACACCACAGGUAUCCCACGGAGGCGACCCGGAUGGCCCUGGUGGUGGAUGCAGCUAGUGAGGUACAGGCGGCGACGAGGGCUGAUGUCUGGGGUUUGGAAUGAGGUACCACGGACUCAUGUGUGGAGUGGCGUGGACAGGACGUGGCGGUGCCUUGGCACGGCGUUGGCAUACCCCUUUGCCAGUCCCGCUGGGCUUGCAAGGGUGCUGUUCAUGUCGCCGGUACCCAUCGUCACAUCCC